GAAAAUACAUGCACUGAGUGUGGGAAAAACUUCACUCGAAGAUCAACCCUUUCUGCUCAUCAGAGAAUCCACACAGGGGAGCGGCCCUAUAAAUGCCAUGAGUGUGGAAAAUGCUUCACUGUAAGAUCAGCACUUUCUGAUCAUCAGAGAAUUCACACAGGAGAGAGACCCUAUGAAUGCAGUGAGUGUGGGAAGAACUUCACUCGCAGCUCAAACCUUAUUGCCCAUCAAAGAAUCCACACUGGGGAGCGGCCCUAUAAAUGCCGUGAGUGUGGGAAAACCUUCUAUUGCCACUCAAACCUUAUUGCCCAUCAGAGAAUCCACACAGAGGAGUGGCCCUAUAAAUGCAGUGAGUGUGGGAAAUACUUCACUGAGAGCUCAGCCCUUUCUGCACAUCAGAGAAUCCACAUGGGGAAGACGCCCUUUGAAUGCCAUGAGUGUGGGAAAAUCUUCAGUCGCAGCUCGCACCUCAUUAGACAUCAGACAGUCCACACAGGGCAGAGGCCCUAUGAAUGCAGUGAGUGUGGGAAAACCUUCAGUCGCAGUUCACACCUUAUUAGACAUCAGACAGUCCACACAGGGGAGAGGCCCUAUGAAUGCAGUGAGUGUGGGAAAACUUUCAGUUUCAGCUCACAUCUUAUUAGGCAUCAGACAGUCCACACAGCGGAGAGCCCCUAUGAAUGCAGUGAGUGUGGGAAAACCUUCAAUCGCAGCUUGCACCUUAUUAGGCAUCAGAGAUUCCACACAGGGGAGAGCCCCUUUGAAUGCAGUGAGUGUGGGAAAACCUUCAAUUGCAGCUGGAACCUUAUUAGGCAUCAGAAAAUCCACACAAGUGAGAGAACCUAUGAAAGCAGUGAGUGUGGGAAAACCUUAGGGCCCAAAGAAAUUUUGUCCAACUCCACUUCCUAGUUCAGUGUGUCUCAUUACCGUUCCAGAGGAUACCAGGGUUAGAUUGAGAACAAUCAUCCUUCACCGUUUGGAUGCAAAGAGAGAGUGCUUCAUAGGACAUUCCUUCCCUGUGGAUCCCAAACUGGCUGCCUGAGUGGGUAACAAGGACUUUCAGG